AUGAAACUUAAUAGAAUUAUAAAGAAAUUAAGACCUAAUUCGGAUAAACAUAGUAUCAACCAACCCAUUGAACAUAGUAAUCCACGUUCAAACCAAAAUCAUGAUAAGCCACCAAUCAUUGAAAAGUCAUGUACAAAUUUCAAGCGCCUAGAGAAACGAUUAAAUAUUGAAAAUAUAGGUCGCUUUAAGUUAAAUGAACUACCGAAUGAAAUCAUUUUAAAUAUAACAAAAAAUUUAUCACAAUUCGAAGUUUUGAAAUUAAUAAGAACAUGUUCCAAAUUAUAUGAACUAAUACUACCGCAAUUAUAUCAACAUAUUAUAAUUGAUACAAGUUUAGUAAAAUUCAACAAUCAAGAAUAUGAAACUAAUGGAAGAACAUAUAUAAAUAGCGUAACUAAAUUAAAGAGAUUCAUAAAAACCUAUGUUGAAAAAAGUGAUAAUGAUUCAAGUAAUAUCAAAAUAUACAAAUUUGAAUGUUUAAAAAUACCUAAUACAAUCUCAAUUUAUGAUAAGGAAUUUGUAGGGGAUAUUAUUCAACUAUUUCAAAAAUUAAAUAAUUUAACAACAUUAAUUUGGCUAAACCCAGUAUUCAAAUUUUUAACAAAACUAGCUCCAUUUUUAAGUAGCUUAACUCAUUUAUGUUUAGGAAUUCAACAAAUAUUUGAUCUCAUGCCACAAUUUUUAAAAGAAUUAGCUGAAAAAAAUACCACGUUAACUGUGUUAGAUUUGGCUGCUCAAUUUCAUCCUGAUUUAUCCUUUUUAAUUAGUAAAUUUCAAAAUUUAAAAAAAUUAUCUUUAGAAAUUUAUGAUCCAAUAAAUUAUAAAUUAUGUCAAAAUUUAAAUAUUGAAUUUUUUAAAAAAUUUAAAUCAUUGAAUUUAGAAUCAUUAAGAGUUAAUAAUACAACAGAUAAAAAAAGUUUAAUGUAUUUAAUUUCAUCUCAAAAAUCUUUAAAAUAUUUAGAUAUUAUUGGUAUAUAUGAUAACGGUUCACGAAGUUUUAAAUCAGACAUGAUUUGUGGAAAAAAGGAGAAAGAUAAAUUUAAUAUUCAACAAAUUGCAUUAUCUUAUUUUCAAAUUAAUUUGAAUUUAAAAUAUAUAAAUAUUAAUAAUCGUUUAUUUUUAUGUGAUGAAUUGAUUUCAAAUGUUAAACCAAUUGAUAAAUUACAUUAUUGGUUUGAAUCAAAAGUGAGAUGUUUAAAUUAUUUGGAUAAUUUUACAGGUAAAAAAUUUAAUGAAUACUAA